AUACCUUUCUUGUCUUACUGCAAAAACAAGCAAUGUAAAACGGUUAGUCAUAUGACCAAACUUCUGGAUCCUAUUAUAUAUAAAGAACAUCGGAUAAUGAGACUUCAUAGGUUUGAAUAACCGGUGCUACAGAUCACAACAACAAUGUUCAAAUUGCUCUUCUUCUUUGCCUUGUUGGCUCUUGCCUUGGCUGUCCCCAAACCUGGCCCACUUCCUGGACCAGUGGCACAGCCAAACCCACAAUUCUACGCCGUGCCAGCCUAUUCCACCUAUGCUGCGUACCCCUACGCCUAUGGAUGGGGUGGAUUAGUGUACUAGAGCUCUGGAUCUAUGGCCAUCUACCGAUCGUUGUUUUGAAGUUUUAAGUCUGCUCUGUUAAGUUUUAAGUGAAUUUAAUCUAAUCUUGUAAUGCAAAAUAAAUAAAUAAAUAAAUUUUAAAAUAAAAA